AUGUUUGCUCGUGAGGUCGGCUUCCGUAUGGGAGGUUCGUGCGCUCGACGGCGCUUCUCGGCUUGGACCGACAAGUACACUAACGUUCCUCUUUCUGAUGUGCUCUGUGGAGGCGACUCUGGGAUUCAACCACAUACGCUGAUCCUUAUGAACGACGCAGAAAAUCCAGGAGUUGUAGCUAGCGUGGUACGGAAUUGCCACCUGCUUGGGGCCUCUGCUGUGUUACUGGGCACCACCAACGGAUAUAACUACACACAGUCCUUUAUCAAGAGUUGCUUGAGGCAUUCUAUGGCGUAUUGCUUCGGUGGGCCGCACCUGAUCGUUGGUGUCGAGUCCGCUUAUGCAACUCGAUUGUUGUCUACCUCCUAUGGUUACACUAUCGGCUCGCUGGUCCGUGAUGGUCCCACCUGCUCUACUGCCAUACCCACAGUGGACUUGAGCAGCGACGUUACAGACACAGGCUGGAUGGGGUGCUCGCACCUCCUCAUGACUGUGAAUGUCUCCCAGUGUACAGCUAGUGAUCCCCCCGAGGAGUAUGCAGAUUUUCACAUGGAAAUACCCGUCGAGCUAGAGCUCAAUUACUGUCUCACGGCGGCGAUGCUUCAGCGUUACCGACUCACCCGGGACUGGCAAAGACCUCCUGUGUGUCCGCCCACAGCUAUGAGAUAUCCGAAUUUGAAGAAAGUCGAGGAGAAUUUCUACGGCAGCUACGGUAAUCUAUUGCUCACACGAGAGGCCCUCCGAAUCGCACGCUGCACACGUGCUGCGGAUUAUUUGGAUGAGCUACUCCGUAAGGCCUGUGAGCACAUCAGGUUGCCGAGCUCGGGCGACGAACGAGUUUUGAAUCUAUUACGGGGCUCAUCGAGCGGUCUGGUGAAGGAGCUCUGCCAGGCUGCUGCGGACGAGCAUGUGGGACAGGACUGGUUAGAUGCAGCCAAGGAGAGCGUUGAGUGUGUCAGAGAAUCUGGUGUGGCAGCACAUGUCAUAAUUGUAUUGAGAGACGAGAGGAACCCACUCCGUACGGCUGAGCAGCUCUGGCUCUUCUCGAUCAUCGCAGCUACCCGCCUCAACCCGAUGAUGAAGCCCUUCCACCUUGAUCUGGCGGAAGCUCGUGAAAGACUCGCUUUACAGGCCUCGGACGAGACCGAAAUCCUGGACGAGGUUUCCACUGUGAUUGGUGUGCCUCCUAUGGGCAUUGAUAUACGCAAAGGCUCUCUACGUAUAGGAAUGGGGGUGAUUGGUCAUCUAUUGAAACACGAAGCAGCUCUGGUAGCACCGAAGUCUCGGCAAGAUCGCUGUGAACGUAUACUGAAGACUUGUAUGUCCCGAAAAUACGCCGCUAAAACAGUGAGGACGGUCGUCCAAAUACAGUCCCUGUACCGUAGUUGGUUUGAGCGUAAGGAGAGCCUGGAGAGAGUCCCUAGAGCGCUCAACUGUCUCUUCGGGGCGCUCUGUCUCCUACGCCGUGUUAACGAGUUUUCGAAGCGUCACGCUGCUGUGGUGCACCUCCAACGGACUUGGCGAAAAAAACGUACAAGAAUGAAGUACGCCAAGGCCAUCAUGCAGCUCAGACGAAUCCGCGCCAGUAUUGUCAUUCAAGCCUUCUACCGAAGGCUAGUCGCGACAAGGAUCGUCGAGGAGCUGCGGCUGAAACAGACUAGAGUGUAUUCCAUCGAGAUCAUACAGUGCUUCAUCAGACGCUAUUUAGCUCGUCGUACGCUUCUCGAUAGAGCCUUCCGUCUGAGAGCAGAAAAAUCUGCUGUGCUCAUACAGGCGCACUGGCGUGGGCUCCUCAUAAGGCGUUGGUGGGGGAGAGUACGCGGAGGUCUCCCCUGGCUGGCGUUGAUAGUUAAGUCCAAACUUAUCGCUAUGAAGGAAGCCCAGGUUAAGCUGGCAGCAUGGUGGCGAGGUGUUGCGACCAGAGUGGUACGCUCGGGGCCGGGCCAGCGAGUUUACGAGUUCAUGUGUGCAGCAAGAGAAGGCAUCAGGGAGGAAGUUCGUCAACAUCGGUCAGCACGAAGAAUCCAAACUCGAUGGCGAAGCUACAGGCUGGUUCGACAGUUGAAGACUUUGACCAAGACGUCAUACAAUAUUCAAGCUGCGAUACGGACGAUAUCAUGGCGGCGUUGGUGGGUCUCGCUAAGGCGAACAGUCAUCCAUCUGCAACGUAACUUCCGAGCUCGGGCCGAGUUGGCCGAGAUGGAAAGGCAACUUCGUGCGAAUGAAUGGUCGGUACGGAGCAUCACUCAUCAGAUGAUACCCAUAGCAUUGAGUCGUGAUAUUUGCGUUAUUCAUGCCCCAGAGAACGCCGAGGAGUCUCUCAGAUCGGCGUUCGAUACCAAUGAGCGCAAUCAUGGCUACGACUUGCAUAUUUUUGGGUCUCGCUGUAAGCAUGUUAUCGCCCUCAAACAAGGCUGGCUGUGGGUAUCUGGUCACGUUGUGCCGCCCCCGCCUAGGCUCGAGGCUGUUACCGUUAAGACUAUUGCAUGUGGUUCCCAACACAUCUUAUUCACUUGUCACGAGACGGAGCUCUGCUUCGCAUGGGGUUCCAACUCGAUGGGACAGUGUGGAUUACCACAAGAUGCAGUGGCGUUUCUGAGAACACCUCUGAUUAUACCUCUCAAGGGGUCGGAUGGCAGAGUGAAGUUCAUAGCGGCUUCAGGGAAGACCUCAGCCUAUGUGACGACACGCCGGCCUUCCAGGGUCCAUGUCAUCGGCCAGUGUAUCGAAUCAGAAUGCGCAACUGUUGGAGAUUUUGGUGAAGACGCCAUCAUCAAAGUUGUCCUCUCAGUAUUCGAGGACGCCUCACAACGGGUUCUCCGGCCCUGCGUUUUCGUCCUGACGGCCACAGGCGAGCUCUAUUCAUGGGGUGACAAUACGUGUAAACAACUCGGAAGGUCGACAGAGUGUUUGCAACACUCUCGGGUACCUGGCAAGGUUGAUCUGGACGCGGAAUCCGCGGGUCGCAUAGUGCAAGUGUCAGUGGCCGCUGGCGCCGUGUAUGUCUUGGCUGUUACUGACGCGGGUGAGGUCUUUGCGUGGGGUACCGUCAUGCGGGCCCAUGCGGGGGGUCCUCCAGAAGCCUUCAAUUUCGAUAGGCCGACCAGCGUUAUCCUACCCCUUGAAAACACUGUGGCCAUCCAAGUUGCUGCCUCUUGGAGUGAUAGAUGGUUCGUCGUACUGGCCCCGCAGUAUUCUGUUUGGUGCUGCCGGGGACUUCGUCGCCGUGGUGCUUUCGCUGUGGUUGAGAAUGCCGAUCCCAUCAAGUGGCCAGCGGCAAGCUAUGAGUCCCGAGCUGGUCGAGCGUUACUACGGUGCAGCAACUCGGUGAAGGGCAGUUUGGUCUACGUGGUUUUCGAGUAA